AUGACUCAAUAUCCCAAAACGCAAGACAUUGAUAUAACAUCGUCCACACCACAGUCAUCUCGACCAAACGAUACCGAUUCUCCACCAAAUCUUACUGAUACUCCGCCAAACAUUACAAACUCUCCGCCAAAUGUUACUGAUACUCCAAUUAACGUCCAAGAUGUCCAAGACUCACAACCUCCACCAUAUGACCAAGUAGUUCUUCAAACUCCAAACGUCCAAGAAUCUCCUCAGAACAUACAUGCAACUCCGCAAAUUGUUCAACCACUUCAGCCACAUUUUCAACCAAACAUCAAUUCAACUUAUCCAUACACUUCUCAAUAUUUCUCCCAGCCAUAUCAACCGUAUCAACCCCCCAUUAUCUCUAAUGAUAACAAUACGAUCAGUAAUAACAGUGGGUCAACGAAUAAUCCGUCAACGCCUAGACGUGUAAUUAUUUCUAUUAGAACUUUCAUAUCUAUGGUAUUUAUACUAGUGUCCAUGAUACUUAUUAGAUAUUUUAGUUAUCUUAGUCAUUGGUACUAUAUCAUCCUUCUAAUUGCUCUCCUGAGUGUGAUUUUUCACAUUAUGAGAUUAAUCAAUGCACAUAAUCAUGGUGAAUUCUUUAUGAGGCAUAUUUUUAAUUAUGAAGUAACGAGAUUAAGAUUAUUGUGGAGUGUGUUAUCAUUUCUCGCAUACCUUAUAAUGUCAAUAGCUAUUAUUAAGAAUAUUGGAAUUAUCUCUCAAUUUUCCGUUUUAUCCAUUGUGAAUUUGUGUAUCUUUGCUCUUACAAUUCUAUGGGCUUUAUCUACUUCGCUUAUGUAUAUAGAAUAUAGACAAAAUCGUUACAAUAAUCGAUCUGUAGAUACUUCAAUGAUGACAACUGGUUAUGGAAAUAAUGUAGUAGCUAAUAGACAACAAAACGAUCCCGUUACAAAUGGUUAUGUAAUAAGUAGUGUUAAUAGUUAUGGUCAGAAUGAGUAUUAUGUCUUUAG